AUGGCAACUGCAAGAAGAAGUUCUAGUAGCAAAUGUAAAAAAAGUGUUGAAAUUGGAUAUGAAUUUUGUUUUGCGGAUGACCAAUCUGAAGGUUCAGAAUCCGAAGGUGAAGAGGAUACAAUUGAUUAUGCUCAAGAAAUUAGUGAAGAUAUUAGUGAGUUAACUUUGGAUACUGAUUUCACACCAAAUUUUUCAUGGAUAAGAUCUAAUUUUAUGCCAAACUUAUUUAAAUUUAUUGGUGAACCUGGUGUUAGUAGUGAAUUUCCAUGUACAGAAAACAGUCAACCAAUUGAUUUUUUUGAAAAUUUUUUUGACAAAACUCUUAUGACUUUUAUAAUGGAACAAACAAAUUUAUAUCAUGACCAAAAUUCAAGUGUUUACAAAAACAGUCAUAUGGCUGAAUGGUAUGACUCAACAGUUUCGGAACUUUAUGUUAUGAUAGCAACUAUUUUAUUGAUGUCACAUAUUACAAAGCAUAAAAUUCGUGAUUAUUGGUCAACAAAUUAUUUAUUGGAGACACGUAUUUUUGGAAAAUUAUUUACAAGAGAUCGAUUUAGAUCUUUAUUAUCUUGUCUUCACUUUUGUGAUAAUAAUAAUGGUAAUAAUGUCAAUGAUCCUCUGAAUAAAAUUAGAACAAUCUACAAUAUAAUAAAACAUAAAUUUCAAGCUGCAUUCUAUCCCUACAAAAACAUAUGUAUCGAUGAAUCUUUGAUGUUAUAUAAAGGUAGAUUAUAUUUCAAGCAAUAUAUUCCAUCAAAACGAAGCAGAUUUGGCAUAAAAUUUUUUGUAUUAUGUGAUUGUAAAACAGGUUAUAUUUUACAGUUUAUAAUUUAUACAGGAAAAUCUACAGAAAUAAAUUUGGAUAAACAAUUAGGUAUUACAGGUUCACUAGUAACAAAUAUGAUGGAAAAAUAUAAUGGUAAAGGUCAUGUUAUUUAUAUGGACAAUUUUUAUACAAGUCCGAUUUUAUUUGAAUAUCUUUAUAACAAAAAAGUUGGAGCUUGCGGUACAGUAAAAUCAAAUCGUAUUGGUCUUCCAAAAUUUGAUAACCAAAAAUCUGGCCAAAUGUCUUAUUAUAAUACUAAUAAAUUGUUGUAUAUGAAAUGGACAGACAAACGAGAUGUCCACAUGUUGUCUUCAAUACAUCAGCCAAAUAUGACAACUCUGGAAAAAAUAAAUCCAAAAACAAACCAGAAUAUUGUGAAACCUGACUGCGUUUUAGAUUAUAAUAAAAACAUGGGUUUAGUUGAUAAAUCUGAUAUGAUGAUGCAUAUAUCAGAAUCAAUUCGAAAAUCUACCAAAUGGUAUAAAAAAUUGUUUAUACAUAUUAUUGAUAUGACAAUAUUAAAUUGUUUUAUAUUAUAUAAAGAAAUUACAAAGAAAAAUAUUUCAUUUAUUGAUUUUAGUAUGCAAAUCAUUGGUCAAAUAAUUGAAAAAUAUGGUUUUCAAGUAAAAACUCAACGAGGACGCCCAUCAUUGGAUAAUCCAAGUCGUCUUAUAGAAAGACAUUUUAUAAGUACAAUACCAGAAAACAAACAAAGACGUUGUGUAGUUUGUUCAGCACAUAAUAUUGCUAAAAAAACAAGAUAUGAGUGUACUGAAUGUAAUGUAGGCCUAUGUAUCGAUGUAUGUUUCAAAAAUUUUCAUACUUUGAAAGAUUAUUAA